UGGAAAACGAAACUGGUAUUAAUUUCUCAUCAACUUGUUUUUACCACUAGAAUUAAGAACAAAAACGGAUGGAUCAGAAAUUCUCAGUAUCUAAUUUAUGCAAACGCGCCUGACGAAAGGAACGCGACCCGAAACGUCACGUGUCUGCGACUGACUGGGUCAAGUAGUUGUUGCUGUUUGGAGGAAACGGGCGGGCGUUUGAUCUGUGUACUUUCCGACAAGCCUUACAUGGAAGCAAAAAACAUGAUAAUGAGACAUUUAUAUAAAUGUGCUUGUCUACCAGGAUGAAUUAACUUUCUGCGCGGUUUGGAUCAAAGCACUUGUAUAACACGAUGAGCACCUGCCAUUGGUGCCUAUCGGUGAAUGGCGGUGUUGCAGAGCUGCUCCAGGAGUACUGUGCCGGGUCCCUGUCAGCGGAGGUUGAAAAGGAAGUCAGUGAGGACCUCAAGUUCUGUUCGGAUUGUGUGGAGGCAUACCACAGGGAAAAGGAAAACGUACCUGGACUGCACGGGAGGCUAUGGAAGUUAGAGACCUCAAGGCUUUUGAGAGCCUUCUCUGAUGCAGAAAAGGGUGCACUGUCAGAUAAUGACCUUAUCUGUGUGGAUGAAGACGGCUGUGAGGCUGGUGUGCCUGAUCUCAAUCCUGCCCAGUAUGCAUACGAUCUGACGGUUCCCAUGUUUGAGGUCCUCAAGUACCCCUACCUCCUCGCACACCCCGAAUUAAGUGAAAUGUGUGUUCGGGCUAUCUGUAAGAUGGCGGAAUAUGACUCCUUUGUGGUGACUGACAAAUAUGCAGGGAUUUAUCUCCUGCUUGUUCACCCUAAUGAGACGGUAAGGCGGUGGGCAAUUGAAGCUGCCAAGUCUUUAGGGAAGGUGGACCGAGAUGACUUUUAUGAUUUUCAGGACAUCUUCUCCUGUAUGUUCUACAUUGUUGAACUGGGAAUCCCCCAGAACUUGGCAGACAUGGAUAUGCCCUAUAAUCCCAUGACCAAGAUGACAUGGCUGCCACCGCACCUUUACGAUUCCAGUAAUGCUAAAAACUACUGGCUGGGAAUCUGUAUGCUCCUCACUCAGCUUGAUGCCCAGGCUAUGGACUCCCUGUUCCUUGGACCGGACAAACAAGCCAACAUACUAAACUGCAUUCUGAACACCAUAGAGAAAGACACAGAUGACGAAGAGAUGGAUCCCUUUUGGCCAGUCUUACGGUGUUUCAUGGUGAUCUUGGAUUGUUUGGGCUCCAGAAUCUGGGGUCAGAUUGAACCAUCCCAAGCCUUCCAGGCCAUCACAGGAAGUCCGUCCUACAUUGCAGCGAUUGAGAGAAUCAAAGAGCAAACCAGGAUACCACAGAUUAAAACCGAAUCUGUGAAUGAUGACGACAUGGUGACCUGCAGUCAGAUGGUUUACAACAGUAGCACCAACGUCAGCCAGGACAAGCAAAGCAAAAGUUCACGUACUACAGAUAGCAGUGUCAUGUAUGAAGAAAUGAAUUCUCUGGUCAACCUCAUGAAUUCAGAUAUGGGCCUGCCAUUCUCUGUGAAAGACAGCACAUUCCUCUGGUUCAUCCCCUUUGUGAAAUCCGUUAUGGAUCUCGAUGACCGCAGUGUCAUCUACAUUGGUGAGGUUGUCCACUUCCUGUGUGGGGGGAUCAGCACAGAUCCCCUGAAUCGCAAUGUUUGCAUAUCUGACAAGGUCGCGGAGUUCUUCGCCCUCAUACUCAUCCAUAUCAUUGAGUUGCACAAGGAGAGCGACCGCAUGAAUAUGCUCUAUUACUGUGCUCCCAAGUGGGUGGGUGUUUUGGUGAAAUGUGCCACAUUGCCUGUUGAGGCUUUUGUCCACACCUCUGAAGGUUCAGCCUCUCACUCCGUGUCUUCCACAUCCUCAAGAGUUAGGGCACCCCGAAAGGUGUCUACCAGUAGGACUGUCCCACAGGCAUGCAUAAAAAUCAUCCGGUCUCUGCUCAAGGAAGGAAGUAGGAUCAACCCCAACAGCAAGUGCAACGAGUUCCUUAAUCUUGUGAACAAGCAGCUCAGGGAAGGUCCCCAGAAGGAGUGGAAGCUUAAUAGGUCUGAGAUUCAGGAUCUACAGAGCUGUCUUAAGAACUAUGUCAAGAUGAUAGUUAACAGGCCAACCACGAAUGCUCCUCCACCUGAACCUCUAAAGAUUGUGGGGCCUAAACCAACAACUACACCACCACUUCAGUCAAGUGAUGAAGACUCAGGAUCUAGUGGCAUAGCAGAAUUGAAACAUACUUUGAAACAUGAAGCUCCCUGGGAUUGCAAUGAAGGUUUAACUUCAGAUCUUAGGGAUUCCAAUGGAGUAUGGACAGGAAGGGACCUGAAAGAGGAGAAAGAAACAGAGGGGUUUGUUGAGCUAAACAAUGAUUCAAGACCAACUCGAGCAAUUGUAUCUUCCUUAAAGACAAGUCAGUGUAAAAUCCAGGAGAUUAAAUCCAGACUUGGCUCACUAAUGACCAAGAAGUCUAACUCUGAGAGAGAUGGGCCUGGUACUACAUUUGCUCAAGAUAAACCUCAAAGUGUUUUGAGCAGUGGUAGAGAUGAGGUUGAAAUGCCUGCAGACCCUUCAUGCGCUCAAGAAGAAUCUUUUGACAAUGAGGAGCUGGAUGAUUUGCCCCUUUCUAUUUUAAGAACUACAUUUAUAAGAAACAAAGUUUCCAAAUCUGGUAAAAGGCACACAGAACACAUUGACCAAUCACCACCACAGUCUCCCUCUGGCAUUAUUGUUAUAUCUGAUGAGGACGAUGAUGCUGUUCAAACAGGAUUGUGUUUUUCUGAUACUUCCAAAAUAAAACAUGAACAUGAACCUAUUGAUGCCUCUGGCCAGAAUCACAGUCCCUUGCGUGAUUAUGAUGGAGAUAUGAGUGAAUCUCAGGUGUUUGAGUUUGAAACACUGGAGGAUAUGGCUUCUGCCUGGUCUGACCAAGGUUCAGGAAGUAAAAUUAUUUCUGAAAGAACCCAAAAAGACAGCCCUGUCAGACCUACCGUUUUAACAGUAAGUACAACUUCAGGAGUGCUUGAUACCCAACCAGUCUCUGAUGAUGAUAUUGAACGAGCCUGUCAGCAGGUUGAGGAGCUUGAGAAGCUCAAGACCCCAACUCAAGAGUGCAAACGUGGCAUUGUCAAAAAAAGAGAUCUUCUUGUUGAUGCAAAACCACUGCGCUCAAAGUGCCUGAGCGAAAAGUCUAAACUAGUGAAAAAACAAGCCAAAGAGGGCUUACCCGCUUUGAGAAAAAGUAAUUCAAAGUUAUGUUUAAAUAGACUGGAAACCAAGAUGCCAUCUUCCUUAACCACAUCAUUGACAUCAGCCAUCUCACACAAAACAUCUAUUCCGGCCAUUGUCCCUCCUAAAAAAGUCAGAAAAGCCAUAGUGCCUGCAUCAACAGCAGAGAGGCUUGGCUUAAAAAAAAAGGAGAGAAAAGCCUUUGAUCUCUCCCAGCGAACGCUUGACUCUCUUGAUGAACUGAGGCGCUAUGGUGCUUCGGUCAAUGUCCCACAGACCAAGAAGUCUACCAGACAGACCAAGAGGUCAAAGGUAACCUCACCUCAAAAGAGAGUUGUCAGUGUGAGUAACAAGAAGCUCCUAGCCUCCCAGGAAUGCCAGUUUUUCAGACAGAGCAAGCAGGCAUCCGGAGGAAGAACCUCUGCGAAUGUUCCUAAAAAGAGAGAUCCUAUAAACAGUGAGGAGAAUUUGAGGCCCAGUUUUGUUACAGCAGAGGAGGAUGAAGAUGAGGACCUGCCAUGUUCCCAGCCAGAUCCGGUUAGCCCGGUAGAGACGCUGAAUGCCACUUGCAGCCUGCAAAAAAAAGACCCACAAGCGGACUCUACUCCAGCAAGUAGUGUGUCAUCUAGCAUGAACAGCUUUGUGUCUCCAUACUUUCAGAGUAAUUAUGAAGUCACACCUGGACCUUCUGAUCAGGACACUAGAAAGGAGGAAAAAGGUGCUGGUGAUGAUGAUGAGGAUUCAGACUGGAUGCACCUUACCCAAAUGGAACCAACGGACAUGGAGAUUUGCUCACAGAUGGAGGGGGAAAACUUCUUCCACCCACAGCCGGACCCUGUAGACCUGGACUCAGAUAAGCAGGUGCCCUUUCAGGAAAUAGCAGGGCUUUCAGACUGGACACGUCCUGUACAGGCAACAGACAACGGGCCAGAAACUCCACUAGUCCCACAGAGUUUUAAGAAACCUACUACAUCGCCACCCUCAGUCACCAGGUUGGAUCAGGAGGAUGAUCGCUUGUUCCUGAAACCGGGAAUGUCUCCUAUAUCGCUUAAAAAGGCCAAGCCCUCCACCACCAAGAUCUAUGCAACCUCAAAAUCGAGGAAUGCCUCCUUGGCCCAAGAGAUGGAGAACACUGCAAAGGCAAAAUGUUUGUCUGCUUCCACUCCUGCUGGAAGAGGCAGGCCUGCUCGCUCAGUUGGGUGUGCACAAAAUGUACCCGAACCAUCUCAGACAAUUUUCCGUAAGCCCUUCCCACCCAAAGAACGUUUAUAUAGACCGAUUGCCUCCCAAAAACCACCACCUAAACCCAUUCCACCACCACAACAACCACCCCCCAGACCCCCACAAAACGUACCCCAUCCACCUGGCCAGCCCAUCCUCCCUAUCCAGCACUGCAACAUUGGUUCCACCCCCCAACCCUCCACCUCUAAGACUUGUCCCAGGCCUGAUGCACUUGUCCAUAGACAGAUACCCAACCAAGAUGUUGGCUUCAGAUAUGAUCCCAACUACCUGAUUCAAGGCAUUCUGAGUUGGACCUUUGAUAUGUUCAGCAACUACAAGCAGUUUGGUUUGCCCUCUGAGAUAUGCGAGUUACCGCUGGAAACCGUAGGCCUCAACUUCAACUCCUACGAUGAAUACUACAAUACGUUUUACCCCGUACUUCUCACCAACGCUUUUGAGGAGCUUGCAGGUGAAUGGCUUGAGAACAAGGAAUCAGGAAAAGUGGUGUCUCACGAUUUGAAGGUUGUAGCGAAUGACAAAUGCAACAAUUUUUGGAAUGUCAGCUUUACAGCAAGCAUUACUUCCAUUGAAGAAUGCUGUCAGCUGUACCCAAAGGAGGAAGACCUGGUUAUCCUUUGGCUGCCCCAGAAUAGAAGUUCUUACUUGUGGCCAGGACACAGCAUCUUUGAUCACCAGGAACAUUUUGGCUAUGUGCAGAGAUCCAGUGUCUUUAACCAAACUGCUGGCCAGUCCCCCACUCUAAACCUGACGAUCAGGAUUCUGGGGAACGUCUCAUUGGUUAAUCAGCAGAUGGUGCGUUGUGAUGUGGUGGGCUCCCUGGUCAGCACCAUGAGGGAGUUCAAGGCCAUCUGUAGGCUCAGAAAUUGCUCCAUGCGCCGACCACUGCUCAGCCCCCAGGCCCCCUUCUUCCAGUCUGGGCCGGAGGUCAUCCCCAGUCUGCCCGGUUAUAAUUCUGACCAGGUGAGAGCAGUGAAAACUGCUAUGUCCAUCAUUAGGAAUCGGCUAAAUAACCCCAAAAUCUGCCUGAUACAUGGACCCCCAGGAACAGGGAAAAGCAAAACCAUUGUUGGUCUGCUGCAAAAUCUGUUCCAUGAGGGAGUAAACAUGCAAGCUAAAAGCCGCCAAAUGCGAGUCCUGGUGUGCGCCCCAUCCAAUGCCGCCAUUGACAGUCUGAUGAAGAAAAUCAUCGUCGUCUUCAAGGAGAAAUGCAAGAACGUCCAGGGUAACUGUGGAUACAUCAAUCUAGUAAGGCUCGGGAAUGACAGGACCAUCUCCGAAAGUAUGAAACCAUUCAGCCUGGACAAUCAGGUGAAAUCGCGAAUAGAAAAAUACCAGGCGGGACACCACAAGGAUGUCCACCGACAUGGGCUACAGCUGGAUGAGGAAAUCGACAGGAUCUCCAAUCUGCUGCCCAAACUGAAGAAGAAAGACAGAGAGUUCGAAGAGAUGGCGGCGCAAAAGUCUAAACUGCUCAAAGAGAGACAGGCGCUCAGCUCUGAGCUCAGAAAGACUCGCAGUGCGAAGCAGGUGACCCAGACCCAGGUGCUGAUAGAUGCCCAUGUGAUCUGCUGCACGUUGAGCACCAGUGGCAGCUCCCUCCUGGAGUCGGCCUUCCGACGCCUGGGACAUGAGCCCUUCGGCUGCGUCAUCGUGGACGAGGCAGGGCAGGCCACAGAGACUGAGACCCUCAUCCCCAUGCUCUAUCGCUGUAACGCCCUUGUCCUGGUGGGAGACCCCAAUCAGCUGCCCCCUACUGUCAUUUCCCAGAGGGCGAAGGAGUUGAAUUAUGGCCAGUCCCUCAUGGCUCGGCUGGUGACGGUUCUGGACAACUCCUCUAAGGAUAACAACAUACCCAGCCCAGUGAUCUUUCUCAGUAACCAGUACCGCAUGCACCCUGACAUCUGCAGGUUCCCCUCCAAGCACGUCUACCACAACGCCCUCAAAACCGACAAUGAGACCGCAGAGAGACGGGUUAACUUGAGCUGGCCCUUUCAGCCCUACCAGGUGUUUGACGUGACCGAUGGGCAGGAGGUCAAGGAGAGAGAUUCAUUUAGCAACCCGAAGGAGAUACAGCUGGUGAGGUUCCUGCUGGAUUUGAUAGCGGUGAAGCAGCAGGUCAGAGUGGGGGUCAUCACACCCUACAAAGCCCAGAAGGACCGUAUCAACCGUGAGGUUGCCAAGCUGAACCUUGUUCCACUGGGUCCCAGAGUGGAGGUGGACACGGUGGAUGGGUUCCAGGGUCGAGAGAUGGACUGCAUCAUUGUCUCCUGUGUCAGGGCCAGCCACGAGCAGGGCAACAUCGGAUUCCUGGGGAACCGCCAGAGGCUGAAUGUGACCAUCACCCGGGCCAAGUGUAGCCUGUUCAUACUGGGCCAUUUAAGGACGCUCCGGGAAAACAAUGAGUGGGGUGCGCUGAUCAAGGACGCUGCUACCCGGGACGUCAUCAUACAAACCAAUGAGAUGACCUUCAAGGCGGAUGCCAUGAAGAUCUUCAAGCAGGACCGGCCCAGGAGCCUGUCUCACCUCCCCAGAGAGCCAGUCCCCCCCCGGCCCGCUGCUGCGUCCUGCCGGGCUGCUCCCCCCUCGAUGCGACGCUCCACUCACCCAGCCCCGGUCUUCCACGCCAGGGACUCUGCCCCGCAGCGGCGCCCCAGCUCCUUAUCUCCUCCUCAAGCCACCGAAACCAGAGAUCCCCGUCUGAUGGUCCAGCAUCCACAAGCCCCUCAGCACAGACCAGAAUGGGACUCACGAGCAGAGGUCAGAAGAGAUCCACGGCUGGAACGCCUCAGAGACCCUCAAUUUGAGAGGGACCCACGAGGACGGAGCAGCCCAGAGCAGUAUCCUCAGGCUGGGUACCAAGAUAACCGGCGAUGGGCUGACAGGGAGAGACGCCAUUCACCUGCUUCUACGUCUUACCCCAGAGACAGAGUUGGCAGGCCACUGAGGGACCCCAGACAGACAGACUCUUAUCGAUACGGUGCUACAGCCUCCUCCAACCACCACACACACACUCAGAAACGACCCACAGACCAACAAUGGAUCCCUCCCACUGACGCCAAGAGGGCCAAGAGAUGAGUGACCGCUCACUCUGUACGGCUGUUUUUGUUUUUAGUUGUUUCAUAACAGAAAAAUGAGAGAGAUUAUUCCUCAGAGUACUGUUUCUCCAAAACGGUCCCGUUUAUGACCUUGUUACCAAAGUUUUCACCAAGAAAUUUGUAAAAGUCAAGCAGCAAAAUGAUUGCUGUUUUAUAAUUACAAGGCACUUCAUUUUUGUAAUCAACUGGUAAUGACUGAGGUCUUGAAUGUGUCGAUCAGCCCCUGCAUUAAACUUCUGUUUAUUGGAAUAGUGUAGGCAGGGCCUUUUUUGAGAAAGGACACCAUAACUAUUACACUGGUACGUGACAGUUUGCAGGAAUAAACCAAUGGUAAUCUAA